AUUUUCCUAUUUUUUUUCUGAAUCCCAUGUGAGCCUCUCUCGAAGGAAGAGACCCUCCAACCAUAAGCCAGCCAGACAGGUACAUUGGCACAUUGCUAACACUCUCUCACUUGAAUUCAAUUCUUUAGCUCCUUGUUUUUGAGCACCACCACAAAGUGGUUUUUGGUAUACUAGAUAUUUCUUUAUCUUUUCACAAGUGUUUUAAAUCUUUGAGGGUAAUGAUGGGACUAAUCCAUAAGGAGAUGCGAAUCUUAAGUGGAGUUAAAGUUUAAAGCUAAAGGUUCAUGCUUAGGAUUUGCAAGUGUUGCUUUCAAGAGAGAAAAAGAAGGAGCUUUUUUUAUUGGCCCUUUUGAAGAUUUGUGUUGUAAGAGGCUUUACAAUUUGCCAACAAGGUUUUUUAUUAUGUCAAAGUAUUAUUGGUGGGGUUGGAAUGAUUUACAAUAUUGCAUUGAAUUCUAUUCAAAAAGAAUAUCCAAAUUUGCAUGCUUGAGUUUCAAAAUCUAAGCAUAAAGGGUUUAAACUAAAGUAAAUUACCAAGUUUUUUUCCUCAUCUACUCUUCAAUGUUAUUCUCUUUGAUGAAAUUAGGUAAUGAAUUUCUUUACAAUAUGAUGCAAAAAAAAUGAUUUUCUUUUUAAUAUUUUUUUUUUGUAUUUCAUUGGUCAAUUUGAUAUAUUUAGAUUAGCUUUUAAUUAUUUUGGCCAAUGAACAUCAAAGGAGGUUAAGAAAGUUGUGUUAAUUUUUUUGUGUGAUUUGAGAGAAAAAAAAAAAAAAAAAGAUGAAAUCUUUGAGUAGUGUAGGUCUUGGUCUAAGCAUUGUUUUUGGUUGUCUUUUAUUGGCAUUAGUAGCUGAAGUUUACUACUUAUUAUGGUGGAAGAAGAGAAUAAUCAAAAGAGAGAUUGAAAAUGACAAUGUUAACCCUAUGAAAGAAAUUUUCCACAUGUUUUGUUGGAAAACAUCAUCAACAUCUUUCACUCCACCAAAUCUUUGUUCUUCAAUGACAAUAUGUGAAAAUUUUGUGCAUGACCCUGAAUUACAACAACAACAACAACAAUCUCAUUCACAAAACACCAAAGAUUUUCUUUUCAAAACCUUUGGUGAUCAAGAUGGCAUGGAGGAGGCAGAUUACAUGAUGAUGAGGCAACAAAAUGACCCUUUAGUCCCUCCAAGAUUUUUGUUCACAAUAGUUGAAGAAUCAAAAGAAGAUUUAGAAUCUGAAGAUGGAAACAAAUCUAAAUGUGGAAAAGAUUCCAAUGGUAGAAGUUUAGGUGAUUUAUUAGAUGUUGAAACACCUUAUUUGACACCUAUUGAAUCACCAAAUUUUUUUACACCUCCUUUUACUCCUAUUAAUUGUAUUAGUCCUUAUAAUCAACAUGGUUUCAACCCUCUUUUUGAAUCAGCAACUGAUGCUGAGUUCAAUAAAAUCAAAUCAUCACCUCCUCCUAAAUUUAAGUUCUUACAAGAAGCUGAAGAGAAGCUUAGGAGAAAAUUGCAAGAUGAUGAUUCUCUAUUAACAAUUGUUGUUGACAAGAAAUUUGAAAGAGAGGUUAAUCAUCAAUUUCAUCCACAGCAGUAUCAUUCAAGCACUUCUCAGGUACUUCCGUUAGCUUCUUGACACAUUUACCUCUCAAUUCCGAAGAAAUCGAGAUUUUGGAUCCUCUACAGCUGUUGUAUAGUGUAGCAGUCGUGAAACUGUUAAAUUUAGAGUGAAAAAGUUUCUACUAACACCAAAGUUAUGACGGUCAAUUACGAGGCCUCUUAGUACUUCAAACCAACCGAAACUAAAUUUGGAUCUUCUACAGCUGCUGCACAAUAUUUCGUCAUAGGACGUAAGACUGUUAGAUUUAGAGAGAAAGGUUUCAGCUAAUUCGUCAUAGGACGUAAGUUCCUUUUUUUUUCUUCAUUAAUUUUUCUAAUUACAUUGUGAAGAAUUUCACUUUUUUUUCCUAAGUUUAGGAAUUUGUUUCUUCAGUGAGUUGUUGUGUGAUGCAGCUAUAUUUUAAUCUGCCAAAUCACUUGUGAGAUGUACUCUCAAUGUUUCAAUAGAUAUGGAAACAAUGAAUUUUUAUUAAAA